UUUGCAUCAGUUCCAAACAACAAAACAAAAGCAAUCUUUGUUCCCGACUUUUUUGGAGGAGUAACUUCAUUCAAGAAUAUAGAAUGGCUCCGAGUAUAGCACUGCCCUUCUCCGCCCAAUCAAAAUCCUACCACCGUGAGGUCUCCAUCGUGCCGGAGGCGGAGGUUCUUCGGAGAAGAAAUGAGGAGUUGGAGAAAGAAUUGAAGAAGAGUUUGGAGAGGGAGGAGAAAAUGAAACAGGAGCUGAAAAAGACAUGGGAAAGGCUGAAGGUGGCGGAGGAAGCUGAGGAGCGGCUUUGCUCUCAGCUAGGAGAGCUUGAAGCCGAGGCUGUGAACCAAUCUCGGGCUUACAGGACACGUGUAAUCAAUUUAAUGGAACAACUUUCUUUAGCACAAAAACUUCUCCAAUCAACUUCCAUUUCCAUUCCCAGUUAGAUCUCAACGAUUCUCGAAAAAUAAAAACCAGUUUUUAUUGUCAAAUUAAUCGCGAAUGAAAAUUUAAGCAUGCACCUAGCCUAGAUAGUUAUUUUUCAUAUUCUGGGGUUUGGUCAUGUUUUUGUUCAUCACAUGAAUUAUUUUUUUUUGGGUUUUCCUCUCCACUCUCCGAGGUGUAAUUUGGGUUUUUUCUUGUAUAUUAAUAUUAAUUAGUUCAAUUGUCUUCUUCUUA